AUGAGAACAUUUACAAGUUUUAACCAGCCAUUAUUAUUUCAUGGCUCGAGAAUUGUAUUGAACAAAGAAAAUAGGGAGCCAGAGAAGAAGCCAGACCAAGAGGGCAGUAAAGAGAAAGAUGGCGAAAAAUCCAAUGAAGAGGACAAAGAAAAAGGUCAGAAGAAGAAGAGAGACAUGGAUCAUGAAGAAAAAGAUAUUCGAGACCAAAUCAGAGAAAAUCUUAAGAAAAAGAACCCUAAUAUUGAUCCUAAUAACAUCAAGAUAUACCAGUUCGAUAACAAAUCAUUAGCUCGUGCAUUUGCAGGAAUCUUUUUCUUUUCGCUUUUCCUUACAUUUUUCCUUGCAUCAAACCAGAGAAAUGAAAACGAGUUAUCAUUCCAAGAUUUUAAAACUAAUUACCUUGAACGUGGUUUAGUUACCAAGUUGACGGUUGUUAAUAAAUUUGCAGUUGAGGCCCAGUUGAUUCAAGGAGCUGUAUCAGAUCAAACGUUCCAGACAUUUAGCGGCCACCCUGCCGUCGUAUUUACCAUCGGGUCAGUCGAGUUUUUCGAAGAAGAGAUGAAUAAGAUUCAAGAAAAAUUGGGGAUCCCUAUAGAUGAAAGAUUACCUAUCUCAUAUGAAGAAAGAGGAUCAUGGAUGAAUUACAUUUUACCUAUUUUGCCUACUGUUUUAUUGAUUGGUGGUUUGUGGUAUAUGACUGUGAAAAGAGCUUCUGCUCAAGGUGGUCCUGGCGCCGGUGGACCAGGUGGUAUCUUUAAAGUUGGGAAAUCAAAGGCCAAAUUAUUCAACCAGGAAUCUGAAGUCAAAAUCAAAUUUAAGGAUGUUGCUGGAUGUGAAGAAUCCAAAGAAGAAAUUAUGGAAUUCGUUAAAUUCUUACAGGAUCCAACUAAGUACGAAAAGUUAGGUGCUAAAAUUCCUAGGGGUGCUAUCUUAUCAGGUUCUCCGGGUACUGGUAAAACUUUGUUAGCAAAGGCAACUGCAGGUGAAGCAGGGGUUCCUUUCUUGUCUGUUUCGGGUUCCGAAUUUGUUGAAAUGUUUGUAGGUGUUGGUGCUUCUAGGGUUCGUGACUUAUUCAAGACCGCCCGUGAGAUGGCUCCAGCAAUCAUUUUUGUCGAUGAAAUCGAUGCCAUUGGUAAAGAAAGAGGUAACGGCAAAAUGGGUGGAAAUGACGAAAGAGAAAAUACCUUGAACCAGCUUUUGGUUGAAAUGGAUGGAUUUGAUACUGGCGAUCAUGUCGUGGUAUUGGCUGGUACAAAUCGUCCAGAUGUUUUGGAUAAGGCUUUAUUAAGACCUGGUAGAUUCGAUAGACAUAUUUCUAUUGAUAUUCCUGAUGUUGAAGGUCGUAAAGAAAUCUUCAAAGUUCAUUUAUCCAAAUUAACUUUGAAAUGUGAUGAAGACAUUAAGGCUACCCAAAAAGAUGUCGAUUUCAACAAGUACCAGGAAUUAAAGGCUGAUGCAAUUAAUAACUUGGCGGGUAGAUUAAGUGCAUUAACACCUGGAUUUGCAGGUGCUGAUAUUGCUAAUUGUUGUAAUGAGGGUGCCUUAAUUGCCGCUAGGGAAGAUGCACAUUCUGUUGAUACCCACCACUUUGAACAAGCAAUUGAAAGAGUUGUUGCAGGAUUAGAAAAGAAAUCUCGUAUUUUGAGUCUUGAGGAAAAGAAAACUGUUGCAUAUCAUGAAGCUGGACAUGCCAUCUGUGGUUGGUUCUUACAAUUUGCUGAUCCUUUGGUUAAAGUUUCUAUUAUCCCAAGAGGUCAAGGCGCUUUAGGUUAUGCUCAAUACUUACCUAAAGAUCAGUAUUUGGUUUCGAAAGAACAAUACAAACAUAGAAUGAUCAUGACAUUGGGUGGUAGAGUGAGUGAAGAAUUGCACUUUGAUACUGUUACUAGUGGUGCAUCGGACGAUUUUAAGAAAAUUACUCAAAUGGCUCAACUGAUGAUAUUGAAAUUAGGAAUGUCUGAUAGCAUAGGUAGUAUUUAUUACGAUACUGGUGAUAAUGAUGGUGGAUUCAAGGUUCAUAAUAACUAUUCAGAAACUACUGCAAGAUUAAUUGAUACUGAAGUUAAAAAAUUUGUGGAUGAAGCAUAUGAAGCUUGUCAUAAAUUGUUAACUGAAAAAAUUGAAUUAGUUGACAAAGUCGCUGAGGAAUUAUUUAAGAAAGAAGUUUUAACAAGGGAAGAUAUGGUUAGGCUUGUUGGCCCAAGACCAUUCCCAGAACGCAAUGAUGCCUUCGAUAAGUAUAUUAAAGGUACGGAUGCUUUCAAGGGUAAGCCAAAGAAUCCUAAUACCGAAGAUAAUGCCGAUAGUUAG